AUGGCGAACAGAGAUAUGGAGAGAGGAGGGAAACAGAACAGAGGAGUUCAUAACAACAACAACAACAACUAUUUCUAUGAUGAAAGCUCCCGCGAUACUCAUUGGACUUCGUGGCUGGUUCCGGCGAUCGUUGUCGCGAAUCUCGCCGUCUUCAUCGCCGUUAUGUUCGUUAACGACUGUCCUAAGAAAAUCACCGGACCAAACAAAGCUUGCGUCGCUAAGUUCCUCGGAAGAUUCUCGUUUCAGCCACUUAGAGAGAAUCCUUUGUUCGGCCCAUCUUCUUCAACAUUGGAGAGAAUGGGAGCAUUGGAGUGGAGGAAAGUAGUACAUGAGCAUCAAGGAUGGAGAUUAAUCACUUGUAUGUGGCUACACGCUGGUAUCAUUCAUCUUCUUACUAAUAUGUUGAGUUUGAUCUUCAUCGGUAUUCGCCUUGAGCAGCAGUUUGGCUUUAUAAGAGUCGGGCUUAUCUAUUUAGUAUCUGGUUUCGGUGGAAGCAUACUCUCGUCUCUCUUCCUUCAAGAAAGUAUCUCUGUUGGUGCUUCUGGUGCUCUCUUCGGACUUCUUGGUGCUAUGUUAUCUGAACUUCUCACCAAUUGGACUAUCUACGCCAACAAGGUACGAGGGGUAGGUUAUGCAGUUUAUCAUUUGUACUUUCUCUUCUCAAGGUUCCUUGUUUUACAGGCGGCUGCUCUGAUCACACUCUUAUUCAUCAUAGCAAUCAACUUAGCGCUAGGCAUGCUUCCUCGGGUUGACAAUUUCUCUCACAUUGGAGGGUUCUUAACCGGAUUAUGCCUCGGGUUUGUCCUCCUUGUCCGACCACAGCACGGCUGGGAAGCUUCCCGCACCAACACGUCCGUUACUAAACGCAAGCAUAGCAUGUACCAGUACGUGCUGUUCGUAGUCGCAGCGGUUGUACUUGUGACCGGGUUAACUGUUGGAGCAGUGAUGCUUUUCAAAGGAGAGAAUGGGAACAAACAUUGCAAAUGGUGUCAUCGUCUCAGCUGUUUCCCUACUUCUAAAUGGACCUGUUAAUCAUCAUCAUCACUAUACUCUAUAAGCUCUCAUGUGUGAUCUUGUAACAUGAAAUCUCUUUGUUCCUUUUGCCUUUGACCUCAGCCUUUUAUAACAUACAUGUACAUUAUUAGUUUAUUACAUUUGAAAAUCUUACUUACGCAACUCUAAGCUGAAUAAAUAGUACUGUUUGAUUGAAGGUACUUAAUCUCAACCAAUGUUUCUUAAUAGUGCUUGAUCUUUAUACAUUGCUAUUCUUUUGCAUUGUCAUUAAACAACCACAAAAAAAGGAGAACC